CUCAUCAUUCAAUCGCCUUGAUCGAAAUGAAACUGUUCGUAUUCCUGGCCUUGGCCGUGGCCGCAGCUUCGGCUGUUCCGGCUCCCGCCCAGAAGCUCUCCCCAGUGCCCAUGAAGGACAUCCAGGGUCGCAUCACCAACGGCUACCCGGCCUACGAGGGCAAGGUGCCCUAUAUUGUGGGACUCCUCUUCAGCGGCAACGGCAACUGGUGGUGCGGUGGCUCCAUCAUCGGCAACACCUGGGUCCUGACCGCCGCCCACUGCACCAACGGUGCCAGCGGAGUGACCAUCAACUACGGAGCCAGCAUCCGCACCCAGCCGCAGUACACCCACUGGGUGGGCAGUGGCGACAUCGUUCAGCACCAUCACUACAACAGCGGCAACCUGCACAACGACAUUUCUUUGAUCCGCACUCCCCACGUGGACUUCUGGAGCCUGGUCAACAAGGUGGAGCUGCCUAGCUUCAACGAUCGCUACCAGGACUACGCUGGAUGGUGGGCCCUCGCCUCCGGAUGGGGCGGCACCUACGAUGGCAGUCCCCUGCCCGAUUGGCUCCAGGCCGUUGAUGUCCAGAUCCUGUCUCACAGCGACUGCAGCCGCACCUGGUCCCUCCACGACAACAUGAUCUGCAUCAACACCGAUGGCGGCAAGUCGACCUGCGGCGGCGACUCCGGCGGUCCCCUGGUCACACACGACGGCAACAAACUGGUCGGAGUUACCUCCUUCGGCUCCUCCGCUGGCUGCCAGUCCGGACACCCCGCCGUCUUCAGCCGCGUCACCGGAUACCUUGAAUGGAUCCGCGACAACACCGGCAUCUCCUACUAAGCAGCUGAUGGCUCACCCAUUUUCGGGGGGCUCUUUAAUAAAUGAUAAAGCAUAUAAA